GCUAAUAGCCGGAGUGUGUAAUGGCGGCCUCGGUGUUGUUGGGGUCUGCGGACAGCACCGGACUCAGCUUCACGGUGGGAAGCGGCGGUGGAGGUGGCGGAACAGGGAAUGUUUUAGUCGGGAAUAAUAACGGUCUGGGGCCGGCGGGGCCAGCACCCUGGAACCGUUCUUUGGACCGGGCGCUGGACGAAGCCUCGGCCACCGGGUGUCUGAACCUCAGCGGCAGGAAGCUGAAGGAGUUCCCCCGGAGCGCCGCCAACCACGACCUGACGGACACCACUAGGGCCGAUCUGUCUCGUAACCGUCUGUCGGAGCUUCCUCUGGAGGUUUGUCUCUUUGUGUCUCUGGAGAGUUUGAACCUUUACCAGAACUGUCUGAGGUCUCUGCCAGACAGUCUGCUCAACCUACAGGCCCUCACCUACCUGAACCUGAGUCGAAACCAGCUGUCUGUCCUCCCUGUGGUUGUCUGCAGUCUUCCUCUGAAGGUUUUGAUUGCCUGCAACAACAAGCUGGUCUGUCUCCCAGAAGAAGUGGGACAGCUGAGACACUUGACUGAACUGGAUGUAAGCUGUAAUGAGAUCCAGACUUUACCGUCUCAGGUGGGUCAGUUGGAGACUCUACGAGACCUGAACAUCAGGAGGAACCACCUGGUCAGACUGCCUCCAGAGCUGGCAGAGCUCCCUCUGGUGCGUCUGGAUUUCUCCUGUAACAAAGUGACCUCCAUCCCUGUCUGUUACCGACGACUCACACAGCUACAGACCAUCGUCCUCGACAACAACCCUCUGCAGACCCCACCUGCACAGAUCUGUAUUAAAGGGAAGGUCCACAUAUUUAAAUACCUGAACCUGGAGGCCAGUAAGAUGACGAAUGACCUCCCAGACUACGACAGACGACCUCUGCCCUUCAGCUCCUGUGUCGACGAGCUGUACCCCAAUCGUCCGUAUGGAGCUUUGGAUUCAGGCUUCAACAGCGUCGACAGUGGAGACAAGAGGUGGUCGGGGAACGAGCCCUCAGAGGAGCUGUCCGAGCUGCCACAGAGAGUGGCAGAGAUCAGCAGGGAUCAGAGACAGAGACCAGCAGUGGGAGGAGGACCGCUGCUGGUUAAUGGAACAUAUGUGGAGCUGGAGCAGAUAGACUUCAUAGACAGCUGUGUGGGGGAGGAGGAGGAGGAAGAGUCGAGGAGUCGAGUAGGAGGUGGCGGCGGAGGGGGAGGAGGAGGUGGAGGGGGAGGUGACAGAACCAGCCUGAGCUCUCAGUUCAUGGCUUACAUCGAGAAACGCAUCACCAGAGAGGGUUCUCCAGUCAAAACCAACGCAUCUCGGACAGAGGACACAAGGAGACACAACAGGAGUGUGGUUGAUGGUGUCACAGCGCCCUCUACCUCCCAAACCCAGAGAGGAGGUGUAGGUUCAGGUGGGGUGGAGAAGGUGAGGAGGGAGGCUCAGCUCGCUGCUCUGAGGUACGACGAGGAGAGACAGAAGAACCGUUCUCUGCAUAGAGACGUCACCAGUUACUCCAAGCAUAAAGCAGCUCAGAGUCCAACAAAGUCCAGUCCAGACAGUGAGACUGUGUACCCCUCCAGACGCUCCACCCACACAGAUGACUCCGCCCUCUUCAUGGGGGAGGACAGAGCAGCUCUGUCUCCUACAGCCAAUCAGUCGCCUUCAUACCCCAGCUCAGGGGGCGGGUCCUCCUGUCGGCCAGCCAGUCUCAGACCGGAGAGCUUCCUGUUUCGCCUCGGCCAGAAAGAAGAGAAGAGGAAAGGUGAUGCUGCUGCUGCUGCUACCGCUGCUCCUCAGAACCAGGAGGCAGCUCCUGCUGCUCCUCCUCUGGUUGGAGAAGAGGCUGAGCUGGUUGAGCAGCUCAGGAAGAACAUCGAGGCUCGUCUCAAAGUGUCAUUGCCGAGCGACUUGGGAGCAGCUCUGACAGACGGGGUGGUGCUGUGCCACCUGGCCAAUCACGUGAGACCACGGUCCGUCCCCAGCAUCCACGUCCCGUCUCCUGCUGUGCCUAAACUCACCAUGGCCAAAUGUCGACGAAAUGUAGAGAACUUCCUGGAGGCGUGUCGCAGGAUCGGAGUCCCACAGAGUCAGUUGUGUCUUCCUCUUCACAUCCUGGAAGAGCAGGGGCUCCCCCAAGUGGCCGGGACUGUCAGCGCUCUGCUCGACCUGGCCCCACCCCGACACCAUGUCACCACGACAACCACCACAACAUCAUCAUCAACCACACCUGGAUCCUCCGUCACUAUGUAGACAACACUAACACCACCGCCACCACCAACAUGAUCAUCAUCAUCAUCAUCAUCACUGCACGCGCUCAGUGAGCCUCAGGAAACCUAUGACCAGAUGAGCUUUAGACAAAAUCCUUCAGAACAGCAGGUUGGCAUCUGGUGGAGACACGAACAGAGCUCAACUACAAAAACACAGUGACACUAGCUCAGAUUUUAUCUCCUAAUUAUCACACUUUUUUGUAAGAUUAAAGUCUCAGAGACACGACAGAGGGUUUAGAUGAUGAGACAGAUGAGCUGAUAUGCACAGCAAUGGAAAAAUCUUCUCAAAUAAGUUAGUGACAAAGAAUAAAGGACAGCAGCUGUUGCCUGAAGAAAAGUGAGAACAUUUAAAUGUGUUUUUGAAUACAUGGCAGCUGUUCUGGACAUAAAGUUUCAAACUUGUGCUCUUCUACCGGCAGAAGGAAUCUGCAUUUGUGCACAUAUUUAUUAAAUAUUCUCACUUUUCUGCAUUAAACACCUUGCCUCCUUUUUUCUACAAGGUCAUGUUUUUGUUUUUUUAAUUUGCUAAUUUUAUGUAUACACCUUGGAAUUCAGGAUGAGUUAGUAAAUAGUUAAAUAUUUUAACAAUUAUUAUUUAACUUUUAUAUUUGUGGCUCUUUAAAAGAGUGAAUCCAGGGCAUAACAUGUUUAGGUGGGAAAAUAUUUCCAACAUCCUCCUCAUCACCAAAUCACCAAACAGUUCAUUAUAAACUGUCUAUAAACCCUGACAAAGUGAUUUUGCACAUUAAACUAACGUAGCUAAUCGCUAACAUAGUUGUACAGCUGUUUAAACAUGACACUAAUGUACCUAGCUGCUAACAACAGCCAACACAGUUUAAGUUGGUUUGGAACUGACACGGCUAAUUAACAUUUAUCUACUGUUGGAGUUGAUUAUGACAGUGAGAGCACACGUAAAUGUUGCUGAGAACAAUAGCAAACAUUAGUGCACACCAAUAAAGAUGGUUUAGAGGCCAUCCCAAAACUGCUUUGGAAAUGUUCUCUGCUAAUGUUAGCUAACAUUAUGAGUCCAGUUGGUAGGUGGGUAGGAGGUUGAGCUAAAACAGCCAGCUGUAGACACAGCUAAAAAUAAUUUACUUGGUUUGAAGUUGAAGCUAAUUUACUUGUCGGCUAACGGUGGUUGACAUUUAUAAAGUUGGUAACUGCUAAUGAUAGCCAACCUGCACAAACAUAAAACAUCAUUUAAAACUACCCACUGCUAACGUUGACUAAUAUUAUGAAGCAAGUUAGUGAUUUGACUUUACAUCUUAUAGCUGUAAACUUUAGCCAAUAACAGCUAGCUGUAAUAUUAAUUAUUAGCUAAUAAUAACCUAACUUUCUUUAGUUAUGAAGCUGUUAGCUUCAUGCUAGUUAAUAUGGAUAAAGUUGGUGGCCAACACUGCCAGUUAAAGAUAAAGGUGGUGAACAAGGUGUACAGUAGUUGGAUGAAAAUACUUGUUUUACUAAACCAUAAAGCUACCCAUUAGCUAACAUUAAAUUACUUCAGAGAGAUUUGAAGCUAAAGUAGCUCGGUGCUAAUGUUCGCUAACGUGUUGCUGUAAUGAGUUGACUCUUCAGCUCUGUUUUUAGUCUCCAUCAGAUCCAAACUUUUUUAAUGAAGUUUUUUUAAAGAGGCAGAAUUUGGUUCUUUUCUCUAUCCUUCUGGUUCAAGGUUGAUCUGAUGGACUUUCAACCCUGAGCUCUGACUCUGAGGCUCGUCAAUGACAUCUUUGGUUGUUUUUACUUUGCACCCCGUCGUUAAUAUUUUACUGUUUUUCUUACUUUACUGAGCUUUGAUGGAGAUUUGUAGUUUCAGGUUGAACAGAUGUUAGCAGCUGUUUGAGACUCUGUCACCUCCUGAUUGAUCCUCCUCGUGAUCAGGCCCUCCAUCAUAUCUAACAGCUCCAGUACCAUGCACAUGUUCAUAAACGGUAUUAGACUUCAUUAACCAUGAUAAAUAAGAGUGUCCACCUCAUUGAUUGGUUCUGACAGCUCAGGUAGUGCACUAUUUGGCCAAAAGUAUAUGGACAGCCCUGUCCAUGUCAUGUCAUCAUCUGCCGCUUAUCUGGGUCCAGGCCCAGGUCGCGGGGGCAACUGCUGCCCAGUCCACAAUGUACCGAAGUCCUAUGGCACCUCCCACAGGCGGUGAGCCCAUGGGAGGUGGUGCCGUCUGGAGUGGGGUUCAAACCCACGACCUUGAAAGAUUGAGUCUCAUGUGCUACCAACUGAUCUAACCAGGCGGCAGCCCUGCCCAUAUACACUUUAAUAAUAAUAGUACAUUUUAUGUAUUUGGCACUUUGCAAACUAAUAAUAUAGCGAUAAAGGUGGCAAAAUUAAAAGCAAUGGAAUAACUGUUAAAACUGAGCAGCACGACAGAUAUCAAGAACAAAUAUAAUAGUAAAAUAUUUAAAGAUGAUAAAAACCAGGUGCAUAAGUAAUUACAUGUGCAGCCUUUUAUUCUUGAUGUGUUCACGCCUGAUUUUUAUUUUCUUUUAUUCAGUUUCUAUAACAGAAAAAUGCUCCAUUGCUGUAACUUAAACCAUUAUUAUUUUUUAUUUAGUUUUUUAAACCAUUUUUUUAUUUUUAUUUUCUUGUUAAGGUUAGAUGAAUAUCCCAGAAACCUUACCUCAAAAUUUCCCUGAACUGUACACUCAGUUUAAAAUGGUCCUGAUGUGAUUGGAUGAGGUUGAUCAGGUGGUGACGACAUCUCUUGACCUACUCCUCAUGUUUGUGUUGCAUGCUGGGACAUUUUUCAUGUUGAACAGGUGACUUGGAUUCUCCCAGGGACAAAACACUGUGUGGACUGUGAGGAUGAGUCCUUCUACAGUCUGCAGUCACACUUUGACUCUUAUCUUUAUCAAAUGUAUGUGUACAAAUAUAUUAUGUAAAAAUAUAUAUAUAUAAAUAUAUAUAUGUACAUAUAUAUUAGGCUGAAAGGUGUGUUGCCUUGAUGACACACAGGGCAUCACGGACGCUCAGACACAGUUGGUCAAAGGAUGACUAAAGUUUUUUAAAAAGUGAGGGUAAGUUAGCAGCAGUGUUUCUCUGUUUCACCUGUGAUCACACCCACCAGUGAUGUAACAGGCUCUUGGAGUACACCUGUGCAACACUGCAGCCAGGUGAGAAGUUAAACCACUAGAGGUCAGGAAAGACAGGUUUCACAGGAGGUGUUAAGAGUAUGGAGUUUACUGCUCUGCUGAUCAGUCAGCUCUGGUUUUAAAGGAGUAAUCUACCCAAAAUCAUGUGGAGUCAUUGUCUGCUCUUGUCACAGCAGCAGAAUUUAUCACCUGUCACCUGUUCACACCUGCAGCUGUUGAUCAUGUCCAUGAAAGCAGCUGAUGCAGCUAUAAGAGUUAAAAUUAGAAACAUUUUCUGGAUCAUGUUUGUAGACAUUUUCUGGUUUCAGGCUCUUGACAUUUCAGUAUAGUCACCCUUUUUUUGUAUGUGUUUACAAGUUUUCUGAAAAUUCAGAUGUGUGUAGAUAUAGAUCUGAAUCUAUAUCUGAUCCAUAUCUACUCUAUCGAUAAUGUCCUCUUCUGUCUAAACAGUUUGAUUCCAGCUUCUGGUGAACUCCACCAACAGGACAGAGGAGAGAGUUUCGUUUUUCAGUUCCAUGUUUUUCUGAGAGCUCAUGCUGCAUUCAGGCGAUGUGGGACAUAAGGAGGUUGCCCGUCAGUUCCAUAAUCAUCUGAUUCUAAAGAACUGAUCCUGAGUUUUUUCUGCUGCAAGAAAACAAGUUUGAUUUCAUACCAGUUUGUACAGAAACUUUCAGAUUAGGGCUUUGGUGUCCUGUUUGACCUCAACGCAGCAUCAGAGCUUCAGGUCCAACCUGAAACACUGGGACCAAAAGAAGAAUAUUUCUGUCCUGAAUUCAGACUCCCAGGCUUGGUCCUACACCCAGCAAUGUUCCGCCUCAGAUGCUGCAUUUUGGAGACUGUGAGAGACUUUACACAGUGAACUCAGAAGAAAACGGAUCAGGAGGGUUUGGGGUUUGUGAACUCUCUGAGUCAGUGCCCUGAAUUCAGACUCAGAGGGUGUUUGGUGAUUGACAGGUGUGUCCAGUCCCUUGUCUCAGUGUGUCUUGAGCAGACACAUGAACCUGUUCAGAGGUUUCAGACAUGGUUUUAACUUUGUACACUUUUAUGUUUUUCUAUGGUGUGUUUCUCCUGUGGCGGUGAUGAGUCAUGAUGGGUCAUGUGACGGCGGGGUCGUGUGGUUUUAAAGGACAUUCCACCGCUUUCGAAAGGAGGACAAACAGACUGUUCACAAGUUUUGAGUUUUACAUUUUUUCACUCUGUUUUAUUUUUGCUGACAAACUGUAUAAAAGAUUUGAACACAGCUGUAUGAAGAGUUAAGUUUAAGUGCAUUAAAUAAAUAUUUUA